AUACAAACCACCUGGGCGUUAUCUCUGAACCUGCUCAAUCAAUAACCAAAUCCAACACAAUUUCACCACUCAGCCAACCGACCUCUCCGGGGUGGUCAUUUCUCUGUAAAUCUAGUCUUCAGUCAGUCAGACAGACGUCAACAGAGCUAAAAGAAACUUGGAGAACUGACUCACGUUUUAAAAAAUAAAAUAAAUAAAUAACAAAAGGGUCAAUUAGUGCGGAUUGAGGAGGAAGUUGCGGGUGUGUAAUGGGUUAACGGCGGAAGGCCUCGCCUCACCUUUCGUGCGCGUCACCCGGUUCUGUAAAGUGGUCCCACCAUCCCAGCACCCAAACCAAAGGAAGGGAUAAUCUCACCACGGCUAGACGCAUCAUCCAGUCGGUCUCCGCCCCGCCGCUCCAUCGCCACACGCAUCCAGACCACAACGAACUGAGGGAAUAAGAGUGAUUUACCGGAGAAACAGGGAACCAUGAAGGACCGAAUGCAAGAACUUAAACAUGGGAAGGAGACCACGGAAGAAGAGGAUGAAGUCGCUGUUGGGAUGGACAAAGGCUUCAUGGACGAAUUCUUUGACCAGGUGGAAGAAAUCCGGGGUUUUAUCGAGUCUCUGGCAGAGAAAGUGGAAGAGGUGAAGAGGAAGCACAGCGCCAUCCUCGCCUCACCUAACCCCGAUGAGAAAACUAAGGUUGAGCUGGAGGAUCUUAUGGCAGACAUCAAGAAGUUGGCCAACAAAGUACGCUCCAAAUUAAAGAGUAUCCAGCACACCAUUGAGCAAGAGGAAGGGCAGAACAGGUCAUCAGCUGACCUGAGGAUACGUAAAACACAGCACUCCACACUGUCCCGUAAGUUUGUCGAGGUGAUGUCAGAAUACAACACCACCCAGUCAGACUACAGGGAGCGCUGCAAGGGACGCAUUCAGAGACAGCUGGAGAUCACUGGGAGAAACACCACAAAUGAGGAGCUGGAGAGCAUGCUGGAGAGUGACAACCCAGCUAUCUUUACCUCAGGGAUCAUCAUGGACAACAUCACCCAGCAAGCUAUGAAUGAGAUUGAGACACGGCACAAUGAGAUUAUCAAGCUGGAAAACAGUAUCAGAGAGCUUCACGACAUGUUCAUGGACAUGGCCAUGCUGGUGGAGAACCAGGGUGAGUUGGUGAACAACAUUGAGCGGAGUGUGUUGGAGGCUCAGGAUUACGUGGAGCAAGCAAAGGAGAGCAUCCCAAAAUGCAAAAAGUUCAAAAAGACCAGCAAACGGGUGAGAUGCAACAUAAGGUGAUCCUGAUAGGAGGUUGUAUUGCAGUAUGCGUGAUCGUCCUCAUUAUUUCCCUCACAGUUGGACUCAGUUAGGACCAUAAGAAACCCCCAGAGAGCAGACAGGGCAGGAUGUGAUGCUGCCUAUUAAUGUCAUGCAUGUAUGACUGCCAAAGAAACACAACGCUAACUGUCCAGCUGUUGAAUUGUAAUGUGCAGUCAGUAACUGCUCAUUAACUGGGAAGCUGGCAGUCCGAUACUGUGUGUCUCUGAUGCACACAAAUAUUGUACAUGAACUUUUAGAUGCAUUUCUUAAUAUAUUCUAAACUAAACUAAACAGUCAAGCACCUCGAGGAACUGUUGAACUGUGAUUUGUGUCUGUUUGUGUCAUGAUUGAUAUAACUUUGUCAUGUGCAUGUUCUGUACUCUGUUGAAGUGCAUGUUUUUCUACAAACACAAAGCUGCAGAUAAUAUGCAUGGAAUACGUUCAUGAACAGUCAGCCUCUCUUUUGCGUGAAUCAUUGAGCACUCCGAUAAUAGUCAAAGAAUCAAUAGAUUAGUUUGACAUUUUGGGAAAUAAACAUAUUUGUUUUCUUGCUAAGUGUUAGAUGUGAAAAUCAAUAAAAAUCUGAUGUGUAAAAACAUAAAGUUGUGGUUUUACAGGGUUAUAUUCGCUGGACUAUUUCUUAUGCCUAUAUAUUUAUAUAUAUAUUCUUAUAUAAAUUUAAAAGUUUAUAGGAAAAUGUUUGCACACAAAAACUUCCAGAAGAGAAACAUGAAAGUUAUAAGUACACCUGAAACUCAUGACCCUCGUCCAACCAGAGAUCUGAUUCUAACACAAAUUUGUCUCUUAAGGCAGGAUAAGAUGUAUGUGUGAAGACUCUCUUGGUUACUUGAACCUGAACAUAAACUCAUGUCUCACCUAAUAAUUGUCUUACUAAUACAGCAUCACUAUCUGGAACUGGUACUGUCUGCAUCUGGGCAAUCCUCUCUGAGUUAUUGCCUCUUUCUGUAUCUUUGGUUAUCAUGCCAUGUUGUGUGAGCCUGCAAACUGUAGAAAAGUGAAUAAUCAAAACCACACCAAUCAAAGCAAAGUCACUUUCCGUAUUCAAUGUUUCUCAGAUGCUUGUAUUAGAGGCAACGGAUUGGUUUUUAAACCACGAGUAGAGGCUGCUCAUCGAUCCAGUCUUCUGGGAGAUUUAUUAUGUUUCUUGACUUUUUGGAACUGACCUAACUUCAGUCGAUGUCCAGUGUCCAUUGAACUUCAUCAACUAACUGCCCCUGUUCAAAUGAGGACCAACAUCAUUAAAAGAAUACUACUAUCCACAAAAAUAUCAGAAAAAACCUUCUUAACCAUCUCUCUGGUGGGCUUUCGAAACCCAAAGCAGUUACUAAGUGCCUCUCGGGACAGUUAAGACAUCUAAAAUCUAAUACAUUAUCAAAAGAUAAAAUGAACACGUAAAACAAACUCAAAUGUGAAUCACACAAGAUUUUUUUCCUUAGGCCUAAAAAUAAAAGUAUGAUCUAAACAUCUCUAAGCUAUAUAUUUGCAAAACACAUUUUCAAACAUACUCUUCAUUAUUUAUUGCUCUACCAGAGCCAGAACCUGAUGAAAUCCAUUCAUCAAGAUUCCUCACACCAUGUUUCAUUUUCAAUUACCAAUUGUUUUGGUGCUUGAGUAGCAAUGUUUUUUGCCCCUGCAGAGGAGCAGCUAACAACCUGCAUAGCUAACUGAACCGUCAGUGUAGAGAAUUUGGUAUUAGUGUCUGCAAUAAGUAUGUUCCUGAAGAUGCACUUGUGUCAACAGUAGCAAUACAAUCACACUCAGUGUCGCCAUCAAUCAAUGGAAGAAGAGAAGCUGGGUUUAAAGGUGGUGAAAAUUUUUUUUCUGGAAAGAAUGAUCAGCUUGUAGCCUGAGCGACGACCUUUUGAGGAAUGUUAUCGGUGUUUACAUGCAGAAACAUUUGUUUGACACUUGAAGCUGCACCACUUUGGAAAAGACUUGAUUUCCAGAGGUUUGCUCAUUGUGUCUCUCCAGUUUAUAGAUUAUGAACUUUAUUAACAGCUUCAUGUCAGGUACUAAACAGUGGUAAACAGUGCAUAUUUAUAAGCCAUGUAAGAUUGGAUUGGGUUUUUUCCUAACCAUGUCCAUGAUUUCAGAUGGAGGUUUACAUAAAGCCAUUUUUCCUCCUGUGAUUUUAGGAGCUGUAAAUAGCUUCCUCUUCUUCUUCUUACAUUGUCUAUCUAGGGAUCUAAUAACCAUAGGGAAACAGGUUUUCUGUCUCCGGAGUCCCUACUUCUUCCACUGUACCUGAUUGUUUUUGUAGACUUUCCUUCCUGUGUGUGUGCGCUCAGUAACUGCCAGUAAUGACGUCAAUCCAUGCUGCUGUGAGUGUGCGCAGAGCUCUGUCUCUGGAUGUUUUGUCUCAGGGAGCUGGCGAUGCUAUCUCCUAGCAGCCUGUUGUCUGCAGUAGAGUGGCAGGGGCAUGUAAAAGAUAGUCAUCAUCUGUCUCUUCUCCGCAUGAGAUCCAUUUAACUUAGGAUAGAGCAAAGUUGCACCUUUUUGCGGUCUUGUUGGCUAUGUUGUAGCUCAUUUCACUGCUUGCUGGUCAAGUUGAGAUUGGUAGAUAAGCAACCCUCAAUACUUCUUACAGUCUGUCUGAAGACGGUUUUGCCUUGGCGUUUUGUUCAACCCUACAUUAUUGAUUUUAACAUUGCCACAAUAUAAUUUGGGUGAUGUUCUCUAAUUGUUGUCAUCUCUGUAGCUCUGGUUUACAAAAUUGAUUAUAACAAAGGAAUGUGACUGACAGCAAAGCACACUUAUCUUUGUUUCUCUCAGCUCCUCGGAUGUUGCAACAUCACAGUGCUUUCCAUUCACUCCCACAUUCACUACCCUCUGACCCUGACACGGUGAACUAACCUUAUGUCACGCACCUGAAAAUAACUUUUCCCAGGCUCUGGGAAAGUUUUACAAAUAUAUAACUUUCAUUGAUCAAGAAUUCAUAAUACAAAGAGUAAAAAUUGAUCUUGUUUGUAGUUGGUAGAGUUGUAUCAUAAAUUUUACAGACAUUCAUUUUGUAAUGUUGGUGUAAGGGGAAAAUACUUUUGGGCUUCAGGGGAUUUUUUUUGUUGCGUAAUCCUAAAGUGGCCACAGGGACAAAUUGGCAACAAGGCUGAGUGGUGGCGUUGUAGCCAGCUCUCCUAAUUUAUCUAUGAUAAUUCUCUGUAAAAAUACAAAAUGUUUUUCGGUUUUUGUACAGAUCGAAUGAGAUAUAUGUUACAAAGCUUUAGAGUUGGUGGAAGGCAGAUUUUGAUUCUUCUGGACAGAGCCAGCUGCUGGCUUAAGCUUUAUAUUUACCAUACACAAGAGUGGUAUUGAUCCAUCCAUCUCAUCUAGCUCUUGGUUGAAAGUGAGUGAGUUUAUUCCCCAAAAUGUCUAACAAUUUCUUUGACAAAACUGGUGAAGUGUUAGACGUUGAAUUUUUAUAGACUCAAGUGGAGGAAUGCUUUUUAAAAGACAUGUUUUACAAGUUACGUUUGCUUUAAAGCCACUGUGUGGAUUUUUACAGUAAAAUUAAACAAUCCUCAUGGACAUUUGUGCAGUCUAUAUAUUGCUUUUGUCUUAUUUCAAGAGAUAGCUGCUUUGAUUGCUGUCUGACACAUUUACCUCUUUGAUACUGCCACCAGAUGUCACCAUGAUUGAGGAUGCCUAUUUUCUUCACACAGUGGCUUUUAAACACCUUACUGAUUCAUGUUUGUGGUAUGUGUGUUGCUGUAUGUUGUUUACUGUACUAUGAACAAAAUGCAGGAUCCAACACUCCACACUCGAACAUCAUCAGCUACAUUCAAUCACAGUGUAUUUCUCCAAACUGAAUUGUGUCCAAACUGCAUUUUGUUCAGAUUAUUAUAAAUAUUGUGAUAUGUGUGAAAGAAUAGUAGAUGUCAUAUUUCUAACUUGUCUUCCUCUGCUCUCCAUUUGCUGCCUUGGAUGACUGUUUAUCUUUUCUUGUUAACACUAUUUAGAAGAAAAUUAUGAUCCUUAUAUGCUGUGUGGUUCUGGGAAUUGUCAUUGCUUCUAUUGUUGGGGGAACUCUGGCCUAAACCUCAGCCCCAGUGACACUAAAAGACACACAAACACAUAUAUAUACACACAACAGAGCAAAAACAGAGCAGAUACACAUAUUUGGUUUCCUGUUUUCAUAAAUGCAACCUAUUAAAUGUUUAGCACAAGGUGCGUUACCUACUGUACGAUACAUUUUAAACACAGUGUACAGGGCCAGAGGUGUUUUCGCAUGAGUUGCUAUUUUGUAAAUGUGUGGUGCUGCAAAAAGUGUUGAGUGUUGUCAAAGAUAUGAUGUUUCCAAAAGUGAAUUCUUGAAUGAAAAAGUUACUAAAUGCUAUGUAACGCUAUACUAAUACAUUCCAACUUCCAGAUAUGACACUUAUUCAGUUGUAAUGUCUUUUUUGUGUUGUACAGCCAAAGUGACAGGCCACUAAUCUGCAGUGUUUUCAAAAAUCUAUAAACCCGUUUAAUUACUUUAUCUUUUCUAGUCUUCUUACUUUAUGUCUCUGAUGUCCUCUACCUCCCUUCAAAAGCUCUGCAUGAUUUAGUUCACUGUAAAGUGGUGUUUUGUAUUCAAUCGCAAAAGGGAAAGAAAACUGAUCUGAUGUGGGAUAUUCUGGUUGUAGAGUCAUCACACUGCCAAACUCUUUCUAAGGUCAUCUCUCGUGGUUCACAGAAGCAGUGCUAAUGUACUUAAUUUCAUCUGGCCUUACCAGUUGUGGCUCCAGUGUUGAGUGUGAGUGAGUGCAUGCAUGCAUAAAGUAUAUGUGAAAGAGAAUAGGUGUGUGUUCGUUUGUAGCUACAUGUGUGAACAUGCCGCGUGUGAGUCACUAGCUGAGAACAUGAGUGCUUGUUGAUAGCCACCUGUGUCUUUGUUUUGUAUAAAGUGUAAACUGAUAUAAAGCUCUCUAACACUGCCAGUAUGUUCAAAUAAGCUGUUAAAAUGGAGUCUAGUCUGAUUGGAUUGAUAAUUCUGGUCUGUAAGUGACAAAACCUUGUUGUUUUAUGUCUUUUUAUAAACCCCGAGCUUUAAACAGAGCAUAUCCUUGUCAAGCUACUUCUGUUUAUUAUAUGAAUGAACUUCAUGAGUCAAAGAAAGCAUAAGCAUGAACUCAAAGUAGCCCUGUGAAAGACAUUCAUAUCAGUUUUCUGGCGACACAUCAAACAUGCACAAACUGCAACCAUGUUACCAUGUUGCCUCCUCAACUUGUUUCCUUUGUGUUGUAUUGUGAUGACUUUUUGUUUGUUUUAAUCUGAGUUGUUGUUUUGUUUUUUCAAGUAAAAUUUGUCUGUAAAAUGA